AAUAUAAGACCUGUUGAAGUGUGAAGAUAAAGUGAGUCUAUGAGGUGGUGGCCUAGUGGGUGAAGUGUAGCAUAAAAUGUCUAUGGUGUGUAGUUCAAGUAGCAUCACUCAAUCGCUAAUUUUGAACUCAACUUCACCUCUAACUUCUUUGUCACCAAAAAGAAUCAUCACAAUCUAUGUUCCAAAUUCAGUUAACAAGGUUGCUGGAGUUGGAACAAGAACAGCAAGAAAAUGGAAUAUGGCAGUUAAUAAAUCAGUUACAACUACCACACGCUUUGAUGAUAACAACGUUGUAGAUUCAGCUUCAACAGUGGUGAGAAAUUUCUAUGAAGGAAUCAAUAGACAUGAUGUGGAUUCUGUUCAGUUUCUUAUAUCUGAAAAUUGUGUGUACGAGGAUCUUGUCUUUCCUAGGCCCUUUGUCGGUCGUAAGGAAAUUAUAGAGUUCUUCAAGAAGUUUACUGAAUCUACAAGCUUAGAUCUGCAGUUUAUUAUUGAUGAUUUGUCUAUGGAGGAUGCAUCAUCUGUUGGAGUGAUUUGGCAUUUAGAAUGGAAAGGAAAGCCUUUUCCUUUUAGCAAAGGAUGCAGUUUUUAUCGUUUGGAGGUGAUUAAUGGCAAGAGGCAAAUAACAUAUGGACGAGACAGUGUUGAACCUGCAAUCAAGCCGGGCGAUGCAACUUUGACGCUGAUAAAGAGUGUGACAUGGCUUCUUCAACGAUUUCCUCAAUUGGCAGAUCGAUUCUAGUGAAAGCUCUACAUUAUUGUGGAAUCUGAUUAUAAGAUUUUCUCAAGUAGAAAAUGUGAAAGUGUUGUUGUAUAUACAUAAAUAAAAGCAAAUGACUUAAAGAUAUACUUGCAUGUUAAGAUUGAUAUUAUAUGAAUGAAAAUAUAUUGUAUUUUGUAUUAA